AUGUCAAACGAUAAAACGGAUGAUGCUGAAUUCUACAGAAAGGUUUUCGGAAAUGGCACGAUGUCAAUAAUUAAAACAAAAACAUCAAAAAAUGAUUUAUUGUCAUUUUCAUCGGGUGAUUCUAUUGAAGUAUGUGAAGGUGAACUAAUAAAUCUACAAGGUAUAAUUAUUGAUAUUAAUGGAGAUUCAAUAAGAGUUUUACCAAAACAUGAAGCAUUCAAAGAUGAAAUUCUACUCAAAGCAAAUGAAAUAAGAAAAUAUUUUUCAAUUGGAAAUCAUGUUAAAGUUUUAAAUGUAAGAUUUGAAGGUGCAACUGGAAUGAUUGUUGGAAUUGAUGGAAGAAAAGCUAUUGUUUUGAGUGAUGGAACUAAAGAUGAAGUUAGUCAAUAA